CAAGAAGCGUGAUGAGGCGAAAGCACAGCGAUGUAAUUGCAGCUGUGUUGGUGGACGGAAAUAAAAAGAAACUUGCUUUGCAACCAUGAUCGGUUCUUACUGUAUAAUUUCCUCUCGCCAGCAUCUAUGAUUGUCAUUGCAACCUACGCGGAAGCGUACGUCGACUGCGUUGUUUUUCGUGUAAGUUCAGGUUCCUACUCAUCCUCGGAUUCGAGCCAGGUUUCCGGGAGUGCUCAAUGUGCAGGAUGCAUAACGUAACGUAACUUAUUGCGGAAAUUGUGUCAUCUGUAGCUUUUUCCCUGUUCGUUGUCUGCAAAGUCCAAUCACAGGAGAGUGAGUGUCUCUGUGGCAGCAUCUGUGAAGAGAACUCCCAACACUUUGAGAGUGCUUCUGCCAAGAUGAUGACAAGAAGAACGAGGACGAGGCGAGAACCACUGCUGCUGGUGCAAAAUAAUUAUACCAUAGGAGAAAAGAAUGAAGAGCAGAGAUUCUUCUGUAGUCCACUUCACUAUUGUGAGAAGAACGAGACGAUAGCAAGAUCUGUCGGUGCAUUGAGUGAUUAUGGUCUAAUUCGGCGUCCCCUCCUAACCUAGCUAGUGUUGUUGAGCACUUGAGCUUGAUGUAUUCAUUUCUGAGUAAAAUUACUGAGUGUAUUCCUUUCCACCUAUCAUUUUCUUGCUUGUUCCAAUUAAUUGAUUGUUCUACGCAACUUCAUUGUUCUCCUUACUUUCCUUGUUCAUGAUCUUCAUCUUCUGCUUUGCAGGAUCUUCUGCUUCGCAGGCACUUCUUUGAUGAUGAACAAAGUGAUGCCUUCUUUCUCAACAAUACAGGUUGCCAGCGUUGUCCAUGAUUGUUGCUUUUAUUCGGGGCAUUACAACUACAGAGCGUAAGUACUUACUUUGAUUAUCCUACUUAUCGUUACCCAUCGUAUUGAACGAUUUGCCUGUCACCAUUAUCAUACAUACGGAAUGUUAAUCGUGAAGUCGCAGAUGCUUGGUCACUUUUUGUACGUGCAACAAUCAACAAAGUUGAAAGCUGCUUGGUCUAAAAAAAGUGAUGUUAUUGUCUAACAGCGUUGACAUUUUCCGAAGACGACCGGUCACAUAUUAGUUCUCUUGUUUUUUCUGUAGGAGAAGAAGAUACAAGCAGAUGAAGAGUCAACUGAUGAUCACUAUAAAGAAUAUAUGGAAUGAUAUAUUAGAAGAUUUGCAACCGGUUAGUUUUUACCUCUAUAGGCUUAGCCCUUCAAACAAUAUAUUAGAAGAUUUACAACAAAUUAUCACUAGUUCUAGUAGCUUGCUAUCUGCUUGCGAGGUCGUAGAGCACUUGAUCACACUUGUGUUUAGAAAUUAGGUAUCAGAUAUAGAGAAUGUUUUUCGGCUGGGAAGCGGACGAAAGGCAUCCACCGAAAAGGAGAGCAGGUAGGAAGGGAGCGGGGAAGAAGAAGGCGCCGGUCACUUCUUCCACAGGAGGUAAAAAUGUCGCUGUGCCGUUUUUUUCGACGCCUCCCCCUGCAGCUCCUGCGGGCGUGGUUAUAACUGAGGAGCGAAGGCUAACUGCUGAGAAUGAGCAGCAUAGUGCUGAUCCGAACAAGCCGUCUAACAGCUUUCUCUCCGAGGGUUUCCUGAAUGGCGGAGCGGGGUUGGCAUGGAUGCAAAAGCAGGGGACGUCGGACGCACAGACAGUGAAUAUUUUUGGUGGUGCCCCUAAAUCUACUGGAGAAUUGUGUGCGAUCACACCAAAUAAGCCACUCUUCACCUCCACUUCUCCUGGGGAUGACGACAUGAAUAUUUUUGGACACGAGAAAAAUAUUGGCAGAAGUUUUGGUGGCGGAAUUUUCACACAACCUGGCGCCGAAGAUGAUAAAAAACCUCCUCCGGUAGUUGUGAAAAACAUUUUCGGGGAAGUGCUUGGACCAAGAUUUUCGGGGCAUCAAGGAAAGAGCGAAGGAAUAAAGAACGAAGGAAAGAACGACUCAUCAGCGGGGCCUGGUGUUGCUUCUAUCGGGACAACAGUAUAUGGAAAUGGAGGAUAUCAGUGUCUUUUUCUUAUUUUUCUAUCUGGUUUCAGUCAGAUCUUCGCUGAUCAUCUAAAUUCUUGUACGCUCCUGUAUCGGUGAUCUAUGGUCCAACCUGUGUGCUGUUGUUGAGUACCUGUUUGGGAUUGGUUGAGAGUGUACAUAGUACUUAGACUUUUCUUUAUGUCGCCCUACCCCUCUGUAAGCUCUUCCUACUGUGCUCGUUCUGAUUAUUUAUUUUCCUAGUGCAGGCGCAGGGCUAGUUCUCUGUCUGUAUAAUCAGUCACCGUCUAAUACUAAUUCUUCUCUCUCUAUUUUUUUGUGAGCAGCAACUGUCCCUUUAAUUGAUACCCUAUAUUGACACAUGCAAGGCUGUGGCACAGUGUUUAUUAAGUUGUAGGAUGAAAAAGACGGACAGCUGCUGUGAUGGCGCAGCUCGAUGCCUAUGAUCAUCAUGUUGCGAGAAAGACAAACAGCUACACGAUCACGAUCUUACUCACUUUCAUAGAAUUGCGGAGCGUCGUGCGGCCGCGGCCUAUCCACUCGCGCCAAUCAAGUUUCGGGUGGUCGCGCGAAACGCGGUCAGUGGUGAAGAGUUUGAAAUUGAACACAAUAGGAGCGUGCUACUUUCUACGACGCUGUUUGAACCGAUAAGGGGAGAAAUUAUGAUAGUUAGUAGACUGGGACUAGACGAGGAAGCGCAAGUGCCAAAUAGGUGAAGAUGGAGAUCUUCAUAGGUCACGAAGUAGUUGGUUCUAAGAAAUUGAAAGCACCACUGUUGCCCUAUGGUAGCUCCUGCGACUUAUAUUUAUGAUUCGACUAAAAACCUUACUUCUAAUAGUGGAGGUCGAUUGCAGGAUCAGGAAGAGCAAAAUGGCGCGCCUGCGUUGA